AAGGCGUGUUGAUUGUUGGCGUGAGAGCGCGAAGGCGCGUUGCUUGUUGGCGUGACGGCGUGUUGUGACUAACGCGCAGUCACGCUUUUGCAAAUGGCCCUAUCCGGACACCAUAAAAUACUGACACUUGAUCAAUAUUGCACAAUUUAGUUAUCUGUCGGUAAAAUCACGUGACAUCUUUAUCUUGCAUUCUUGCAAACAUGGACAACACUGCUUACAAACAACAGCCUUAUGGUCAGCCAGCCCCGUCUUAUGGACAGCCAGCCCCGCCUUAUGGACCUCAGUAUCCACAACCAGUGAACAGCAGUAGCAACAACGUCACGGUAGUGACGGCUGGAUACCAAACGCCAACGGUCAUCCUCCCCGUCAACACCGACAGAGACUGGACCGUUCCCGCCAUUAUUGCAACACUCUUCUGUUUCUUUCCGACCGGAAUCUGUGCCAUUAUCGCUGCUGUUAAUGCCAGAAGCCAGUUCUUGGCCGGUGACAUGGAGGGUGGUCGAACCAGCAACGCCUGGGCCAGGGGUUUGACAAUGACUUCCAUUGGAAUUGGGACUGUGCUUGUCAUUAUCAUCAUUGCUCUGUACAUCUGGGUAUGGUCGGUGGUCACCAUCAAUCCAUAUACCUAGUGAAGAAAUCAACUUGAUUGGAAAGUGGCAGUGAAAGAGAUACAAGAUAGACACGAGAGUUGAAAUUUUGUAUGUUAUAUUGACAUUAUUCACGUAGAAAUAUUUGUACUCAAUAUGAAAAGGAAAAAACAUAUUUUUUGUGAUUGCAAUACUAGUAUUUUUCUUUUUUUAAAAUAAAGGUUAUUUGAAUGACGCUUAGCAAAUACAGUGUAUAUGAUAUUUGAAAAGAAACAAAUCAACUGAUGCCUGUUCAUUUGUUAGAAUUAAAACGUGCAAAUAAAGAGAUGUUUCAUUCCA